AUGGCAGAAACAAAAGAAAAAAAUAACAUCAAUAAUAAAGAGGAUACCAAUAAUAUUGAAAAAGUUAUAGAUAAUGUUAUAGUGGGACCUGUAGAGAAAAGAUGUUUUGUUCGAAGAAAUGAUAGUAAAGAUAUGGUAUAUUCUUAUUCAGAAAAAAAUAUAGAAAACCCCUCAUCAAGUUAUGAUAAUUUUAUUGACAACAACAAAAAAGAUACAAAAAGUUUAAAUAAUAUUAAAAAUGAUGCUUUAAAUUGUGAAUAUAUACAAUUGUUAGUUAGAAAUAGUAAAGCUGGUAGUAAUAUGAAGAAUCGUUCUAAUAAAAUAAAUAUUGCAAAAGAUACUACUUGCAAGAUGAUAGCAAAACGACUACGUUCCACAAAAUUAUGUGACAUAAAAAAUAUUGUUUGUCUUAUUGAAGAUUGUGGUAGGAUGUUUCAAGAUAUAUCUGUUCUUGCAUUUCAUUUAACUUAUUCACAUCAAAAUCAUUAUAUGCCUAAAGAAUUACGUACUACAUGCCUAAUAUGUGGUCAUAAAUUUUUAUCUAUACAAGGUAAACGGGUUCAUGCUUGUAAUUUUCAUAAAAAAAUUUUAAAACAACAUAAUGAGGAAUGUAUUAAACAAACACCACGAAUAUAUCAAUGUGCCACUACUAACUUUUCUCAUUCUAAUAAUGAGGAAAAAUAUUUAAACUGGGAUGAUGAUAGUGAUGAGGAUAUAUUAGAAGAAAUCAUUUAUGAAGAAGAAUUAUAA